GCCACAAGCGCCCGUCCAAGCUGCCAACCUCGUUUCCCACUUACUCCCCGGCGCUAUGCCACCUCGUCUGACCCAGUUCCCCGACCGUUCAUUUGCAUUGAGCUGCUAGAGCUCCAAUCCUCCGUCAAUCCACCUCCUUGCUCCCUCCCCCUCCGAACGCUCUCUCGCCUUGUGCUCCUCCCUCCGUGGUUAGUCGCCUAUCCUCACACGAACCACUGGAGAUCAUGUCGACGGGGGCUCCCGUGUCCACCGUGGAUACCAUUUCUCAGGUACAUGGUCUAGGACAUUCUCGGGGUCGGGGUCAUUCGCGUGCCUCUCGCUGGUCAAAUGGUCCCAUCUCCAUCUCGGCUUCCUCCUUCGAUGCCUCCUCGGCGCAACAACAGCCCCCACAGCCUCUACCGAAUACACAACUCACCAAUGGCCAAAUUGUGAGCCCAACGUGGCUGGAACACCCUCACACACAUUCACACGCUCACUCCCAUUCGCAUUCUCAUUCCCAUUCCCACUCUCACUCCCACUCAACUCCUACUGUGUGGGAACAUGCUCAUCACACGAGCCUCGGCUCUAUCAAUCACUCUAAGAGCGAUAGCGUGACGGUCUUGGUUGGAGCUCAAUCGGUCAGCACUUCAAUCGACUCUCAAUCGAGCACGACUCAGGAAGUUCUCUCUGGCCUUCUCCUCUCGCUGCCGUGGAUCAUCCUGUCCUGGUACCACCAACAACAUGCGCUUUGGCAGACAACGCUCUCGACAAGCGAUGACCCCGCUGCAUCUAGCCCAGCAAACGGGGCCUUGGGGCAGGCUGCCAGCAAAACAUCCAUGCUGACCGCUGCUACAAUGGUUGUAUAUGGGUGUGGGCAAUUACUUCGAUCCAUCCAACGAGGAGGGAGUGACUCGGGGGUUACACUGCCUCAUUUGGGCUCCAGCGCGGCAAGUGCUGUUUUGCUUCGGGUGUCUUCGGUCGCAUUGCCGAUAUAUGCGACAUUGAAGGUGGGAGGGUUCCUUGUCGCAUGCGGCUUGUUGCUUCCUGUAGCGUCAGGGUUGCCGACCGUCGUUCAGGGCUUUGGACUUCACAGCAGUGCACAGUCCCGGUUUGGCCAAAAGAAAGUGACGGUCAUGCUUCUCAUCACCCUUGUUGCGCUGAGCCUUUGGGGUAUGAAUGCGACGCGAGACCCUCACCCAUACCUGGGCUAUGUCGCUUUGCUCACCUCGGUCUUCGUUCUUCGGCCCCCUUUGGCUGGGGCUUUGUCCAUUUCUGCUGAUCUGGAUUACUUGACGUCUAAUGGCACAGUGUCCCAGAAGCAAGCUGAAAAGCAGGGCUCGGGAGCCAUCUCGUCAAGUGAUUCAAUUCUGGCCAUUCUUUCAGGCAUUAUCCUGGCACUUAUCACUGUUGUUGUUUCCGGCAAUGUGUCUCUGCAACCGACCAACAUGCUGUACCAGUUUGCAGCUGCUGGAGCGCUUGCAACGUGCUUAAUAUUUGUUUCUUCUUCCCAUCUACGCUCACCACAAAAGAUAGGUCUUGUUAUCGGAGUCGGAGCUGCCGCUCUCUUAAGCUCCCCGCCGCUGCAAGAGAAAACUCACCUGGCUUAUGUAGCUCGUGCCAUUGCAACUGCUGCCUCGUUCCUUGCUGCCAGAUUCGACGACAGACAAUUGCGCCUUUCGCAGCAUUCUCAUACCCAUAAUCACCAUCAUCAUGCCCACUCUGGAGCUGAUGCUACGAAGAUAACGAGGCUCAUCAUCCAGUACAGCGAGCCUUAUCCCCUUUUGUACAGUAUUCUCAAGGAGAGCGAUUCGCGACGCAUCUUCUACUUCAUGAGUCUUAAUUUUGCCUUUAUGCUUGUUCAGCUGUCCUAUGGAUUUAUGACAGGGUCUCUGGGUCUUCUUAGUGACAGUAUUCAUAUGUUUUUCGACUGCUUGGCGCUCGUGGUUGGCCUUUGUGCUGCUGUCAUGAGUAAAUGGCCCCCGAGCUCUAGAUUCCCCUAUGGCUAUGGCAAAGUCGACACGCUGUCUGGGUUUGCCAAUGGCAUCUUCCUCAUGAUCAUCAGCAUCGAAAUCAUCUAUGAAGCCGUCGAGCGGCUUUCAUCAGGCAGUCAGAUGCAUCGCCUCGGCGAACUACUGGCCGUGAGUGUUGCGGGUCUCCUCGUCAACCUUGUCGGAAUCAUGGCAUUCGAUCAUGGACAUGCACACGGCCACGAUCACAGUCACGGGCACUCGCACGGAAACGAGAACAUGCACGGCAUUUUCCUACACAUUCUCGCCGACACUCUUGGCUCCGUGGCUGUUGUGAUCUCGACCAUUCUCGUGCACUACUCUGGCUGGCCAGGGUUCGAUCCAAUUGCCUCCUCUUUCAUCGCAAUCUUGAUUUUUGCCUCGGCAAUCCCGCUUGUCAGCAGCACCGCGAAGAGUUUGCUGCUCACCCUUCCAGCUGACAUUGAAUACAAUGUCCGCGAAACCCUUGCUGGCGUUAGCACUUUACGGGGCGUUGUCGGGUACACCGUCCCGAAAUUCUGGCUGGACGAUACUGGGAAGGAAACCGGCCACCACCACCACCACCACCACCAUCAUCACGACGACCAUGCUCAUGAUCAUGGAUGCAACCACAGUCAUACUCAUAGUCACAACCAUAGCCACGAUCACGAUCAUGCUCACGACCACGGCCAUACUCACAGUCACAGUCAUGACCACCAUUCCCACAGCCACGAUGAUCACGAUCACGAUCACCAUGACACGCAUACUCCCAACGUCCUUGGCGUAAUUCAUGUCAUUGCCUCUCGCAGCUCCGAUCUCGAAGAUGUCCGCCAACGCACCGUGGACUACCUCCGCGAAAAGGGCAUGGACAUUCUCGUCCAGGUCGAGCGCGAAGGAGACGGCCGUUGUUGGUGUGGUGGCGGCGGGAAUAAGCAUUCUUGAUUGAUUGAUUGCUUUUAUUGCCUUGAUUUCCUCCUUUUUAAAUCCUUUUCUAAUACAUACUAUUUGAAGCUCUUGGCUAAGCUAGGUAGAUAGAUUUGACUUCCUGAAUGGAGUCUUUCUUUCCUCCGUGUAUCUUCUAUUAUUUUCCUCUAGUAUUUUCUAGGACGAUG